AUGGAAGGCACCAAUAAUGUGGUUCUACUGGAUUUCUGGGCAAGCUCAUUUGGUAUGAGGCUAAGAAUUGCAUUGGCAUUAAAAGGGAUCCAAUAUGAAGGGAGGGAGGAAAACUUAUUUGACAAAAGUCCUCUGCUUCUAGAGAUGAACUCUGUUCAUAAAAAAAUCCCUGUUUUGAUUCAUAAUGGCAAGCCAAUUUGUGAGUCUCUUAUCAUUCUUGAGUACAUUGAUCAAGUUUGGCAUGACAAAUAUCCCUUACUUCCUUCUCACCCUUAUGAUAGAUCCCAAGCCAGAUUCUGGGCUGACUAUAUAGAUAAGAAGAUAUAUAGCACAGGAAGAAGAGUUUGGAGUGGUAAAGGUGAAGAUCAAGAGGAAGCAAAGAAGGAAUUAAUAGAAAUUUUCAAGACAUUGGAAGGAGAGCUUGGAGACAAAACAUACUUUGGUGGUGAUGAGAAUUUGGGUUUUAUGGAUGUGGCUUUGGUUCCUUUCACUAGUUGGUUUUAUUCUUAUGAGACUUGUGCAAAUUUCAGUAUAGAAGCAGAGUGUCCAAAACUAGUGGCAUGGGCUAAAAGAUGCAUGCAAAUUGAGAGUGUCUCAAACUCCCUUCCUCAUCCUCACAAAAUCUAUGCUUAUGUCUUGGAACUCAAGAACAAAUUUGGUCUAGCCUAG